AUGCAUCUCUCCAGGUUGGUUCUACUGGCCUCAUCGGCUGUUGCUGCGUCUGUAUCCAGACAGGUUGAGCUGGGCAAGAAUGACUACUUUGUCAGUCCGGAACCUGCGUGGAAUAUCAGUCCAUGGACUCCUUUGCUGAAUAGCACCGAGGAGCUUAUUCCUCUUACUGUCGUCCAUUUAAAUGCAUCGGGCAGUGCGCAGUCUGUCAAGGCUGUGCUGGAAACAUACAACCAGACAGAUGAUGUGUGGACGCCAGACUUUACAAAGAUCCUCUGCAUCCAAUCUCAAUCAUCCAAAGGCAAAAGUAUCAGUCCCUCCUCACUCGGUGAAUACAGUGUCGAUAAGGUUCUGUACAAGAACUCAAAGGAAAAGGUCCCUGCUGGACCUUACUUUCUGAAUGCAUACACCGGUAUGGUGUAUCAAGCAUAUCGACUAUACGCAGAUACAAACCAGGCCUUCAUCCAGACCUCCUACCAAAACAAACAUGGAGUCCAUCACAACCUCCGCGCAGCAACACAAUCUGCUGGAGGAUUAACUGUCGCCGUCCCAUCUCGUCUCUACUUCACCCGUACAUCCGAGAAACCCCUCGCUGGUCUCCGACUUGCCGUCAAGGAUCUAUACGAUCUGAAAGGAAUGAAAACCAGCGGCGGAAACCGGGCACUUUUCGAAAUGAGCAAGACGAAGAAUGCUACCGCCACUGCCGUGCAGAAACUCAUCAACGCCGGUGCGAUUGUCGUGGGAAAGAACAAACUGUCUGAAUUUGCCUACGCAGGUGAUGGAGUCCCUGAACACAUUGACUAUCUCCUUCCAUUCAAUCCUCGUGGGGAUGGAUAUAACUCUCCUGGUGAUAGCUCUGGUGGAUCCGCUGCAUCUAUCGCGAGCUAUGACUGGCUUGAUGCGAGUAUGGGCAGUGAUACCGGCGGUUCCAUCCGCGGCCCUGCGGUGCUGAACGGUAUUUAUGGGAAUAGGCCAUCUCAUAGGGCUGUCGAUCUCACUGGUGCUCUUGUUCUGUCUAGUUCGAUGGACACGAGUGGUAUUUUGGCCAGAGAUCCACAGGUUUGGUCUGCUGUUAACAAAGUCCUGUACGCUGGAUAUGCAAAGGAGUACAGAAAGUACCCCCGCAAGAUCUAUCUCGACGAAUCCAUCAGUCGAUCGGAAUAUCCCGGAGUCAGCAACUUCAUCAAGGGUCUGACCAGGGUGUUGCAAGGAACACACAGCAACUUUUCCAUCGCUGAUACCUGGGCGAAUACAACCCACACAGGGAGUCUGAAACAGGUCGAAAUAGCGAACAGUAUCAGCCAAAUAUACGCCAACCUGACGCAGUACGAACAAUGGACGGAAUUCGGCCAGGAAUACGUGGAGUCAUGCAAGAAGACUCACAAUGGUGAAUUCCCGCAUAUGUCGCCUUCUACUCGGAAGGGAUGGCUAUCUGCCAAUGCAACCAUGAACGAAACUAUGCACGAGGAGCUUCUCGAUCAGAUUGAGCAGAUAUCCAACUGGACGUCGGAGUAUGUCUUCAAGCAGGACGAGCACACCUGCUCCGACUCCAUCUACGUGUACACCCAGGGUGCCCCGGUUGCCAGUUACAAGCCGCAGGUGACGCGCGAUGUAAGCAAUCCGUGGGUGGCAGACAUGCUGUCAGUCCUCGGAGAAGCCCAGAUGAAAGUCGCCAUGAAUUGCUCCACGGCCAGCCAAGACCAGGAUAACCACGGCCAAGAUAACCAAGACGAAGACCAACCUACGUCUCGCCCACACGUACCCGUCCCGCCAAGUCGGCUUGCCUCGGUGGCGGGUCUACCUGAUUUUGCGUUGACAGUCGGAUCGGCCAUUUCGGAAGUGGUGUCUAACUCGACGAUGUUGAAUCAGACGCUACCGUAUGGUGUUGAUAUCAUGACGAGGAGAGGAUGUGAUUUUAUGUUGCAGAAUUUGAUUAGUGAAUUGCAUCGGGAGGGUGUUAUCAAGACAGUCAAGACGGGGUCGGAUAUUCAUUGA